AUGGAGUUUGUUUCAAACGGCACUACUCUUCUAUGGUUAACAGCCAUGAUCCCACAGUUAAAGCCUCCUCUCUGCACCCAGUUUAGCAGCAACUGUGAAUCAGCAACACCGGCCCAACUCUUCGUCUUACUAACCUCUUUUGGGCUCAUAUCAAUUGGUGCUGGUUGCAUCAGACCAUGUUCGAUGGCCUUUGGUGCUGAUCAAUUGGACAAGAAAGGCAAUCCCAAUAAUGAGAGGAUAAUACAGAGUUUCUUCAACUGGUACUAUGCAUCAAUAGGUGUUUCCACAUUUCUAGCGUUGACAUUAAUAAUCUAUAUUCAAGAUCAACUGGGUUGGAAAGUGGGUUUUGGUGUUCCUGCACUUUUAAUGGUGUUUUCAACUCUCAUGUUCUUGAUGGGUUCUAAUCUUUACGUUAAAGUGAAGGUCGAGAAGAGCUUGUUUACUGGCUUUAUUCAAGUGAUUGUGGCUGCUCUUAGAAAAAGAAACCUUAAUAUACCAGACAACAAUCUGGAGUACUAUCAGCGCCUAGAUACAAAUAUCUACAUUACUCCAACUGACAAACUAAGGUUUCUUAACAAAGCUUGCAUCAUUGAAAAUUCCGAGGACUUAAAACCGGAUGGAACAGCUUCAAAUCCAUGGAAACUCAGCAGCAUAGACCAAGUAGAAUCACUUAAAGCACUACUAAGAAUUAUCCCUAUGUGGUCCACUGGCAUCAUUGUUCUAGUUAGUUUGAACCAAAAUUCAUUUACUGCACUCCAAGCCAAGACUAUGGAUCGCCACGUCACUUCACACUUCCAAAUUCCAGCUGGAUCAUUCACAGUGUUUGCCAUUGUCACACUAACAAUAUGGGUUGUCAGUUAUGACCGUGUAAUAGUUCCAAUUCUAGGAAGAUUUACAGGAAAUCCAGGCGGGUUCAGUCCUAAAAUUCGGAUGGGAAGUGGGUUGAUACUUUCUGCAGUGGCUAUGGCAGUAUCAGCAAUUGUGGAGAGCAUUAGGAGGAAAACUGCCAUAGAUGAAGGGUUGGUUGAUAAGCCUAACAUUGUGAUGGACAUGUCUGCUAUGUGGCUAAUACCACAAUUUUGCUUGCUUGGGUUGGCUGAGGCUCUGAAUGCAAUUGGGCAGAUAGAGUUUUAUUACUCACAGCUUCCUAAGAGCAUGUCUAGCAUUGCCAUAGCUCUCUACACACUUGGAAUGGCUGUUGCCGAUAUGUUUAGUGGUGUUUUAGUGAAAAUUGUUGAUGAGAUUACAAGGCAAGAUGGGAAAGAGAGUUGGCUGUCAAAUAACCUGAACAAGGGUCACUUGAAUUAUUUCUAUUGGCUUAUUACCAUACUCUCUGUGGUCAAUUUUGGUUCUUUUCUGGUGUGUUGUUGGGCUUAUGGACCUUCCAGGGACGGGAAGAAAGUGCCCUCGAAAAUAAGACUAGAAAGAAAAGAAGAUACAUCGCCACUAAUUUGAUAUGCAUAUUUGCAUUUUUGUUUCGAAAAUUGUAUUUAAGAUACUUGAGAUGGGAUUGCAAUUUGUGAUAUGAAUUUU